GCCGCGUCUGCUCUUCACAUGUCGCUGCCUAAUCAUCUGUCUGGGAAAAUACCGUCUAAUGAAAAGCAAAGUGUGUGUUUUGGUGGGGGGAUUUGCCAUCCGAAACCGAUCGGCUCUGUCUGCGUGAAAUAGGGAAUGAACGACGAGACAGCAUCGGACAGCUGGAAGAGAAACUCCGGGUGCUCCAGUAUUGAGCAAAUGCUGGCUGUGAAUCCCGGAAAGACGCCCAUCAGUCUGCUGCAGGAGUAUGGAACGCGGAUAGGCAAGACCCCAGUGUAUGACCUGCUGAAGGCCGAGGGACAGGCCCACCAGCCCAACUUCACUUUCCGCGUCUCCGUCGGAGAGAUCAGCUGCACCGGCCAAGGGCCCAGCAAGAAGGCAGCCAAGCACAAAGCAGCCGAGGCUGCUCUGAAGAUGCUCAAAGGAGGUCUCGGAGGUCCUGCCGGAGUUGGUGUUGGAGUAGACGGGUUUAUUGGGGUUGACGUGUCUACUGAUGGAGAUGGCUCCCAGUCAGAGAUGAAGAGCUCAGGCAGUUCUCAGCAGUCUGAAUGUAACCCUGUCGGGGCUCUGCAGGAACUGGUGGUGCAGAAAGGAUGGCGUUUGCCAGAGUACACAGUCACUCAGGAGUCUGGUCCAGCACAUCGCAAAGAGUUCACCAUGACCUGCAGAGUUGAGAGAUUCGUGGAAAUCGGAAGUGGUACGUCCAAGAAGCUAGCCAAGAGAAAUGCUGCAGCUAAGAUGUUAUCGCGUAUACAUGACGUGCCGGUAGACCUGAGGACCAGCAACGACGCCGACACAGAAGAUGACACAUUCACCAUGCACAUGGGGAACAGAGCUGAGUCGGGCAAAAGUAAAGGCUUUAGCUGCACGUGGGACUCUCUGCGUAACUCUGCCGGAGAGAAGAUCCUCCAGCUCCGCAGCCAUCCUCUGGGCAUGCCCUCCGACUCCAACUUCUGCUCCUUGCUGAGCGACCUGUCUGCCGAGCAGCGCUUUGACGUCAGUUACCUGGACCUAGAGGAGCGCAGCCUGAGCGGCUUGUGCCAGUGUCUAGUGGAGCUGUCCACACAGCCAAUCACAGUGUGCCACGGCUUUGCUCCGAGCAUAGACGCCGCUCGAGCCAACGCCGCCCACAAUGCACUGCAGUACCUCAAAAUCAUGGCUGGAGGGAAGUAAUGCCAUCUACCUCCUCAAAGACUAGAACUCGCAACUACAAAUUGCCUGGAUAAAUUUCCACUUUGGAUGACGGAAGGCACUUUUGUGAUGAGUUCAAAUAACCGUGAAUCACCUCAGAUUUGGAAAUAGAGACGUUUUCUGUCCCCAAAUUCACCCCUGGAGCCCUUUUUUGGUCACUUUGAUUUGUAAUUGUCGCCCACGGACAUUUUAAUUGCCCAAAAAACUCAUAUAUAUACUCCUCUCCUUGACAUUUUGCAUAUUUGUAACAAAUUAUUUUAAAAUGCAUUGUCAGUAUUUUAGUUUUUGCUUGUCAUCCAUACACAGCGCCGUGUUUUCCUAAAAUCUAGAGUUAAAAAAAAAAAGUAUACCUGAAAUUUUAAAUGGUGCUUUUGGAAUCAGUUCCCAAAAAAACUGGGGUCUGGUGCAACAAAAAAGUGCAAAAGGUCAAAGAGGUUUAUAGAAAUUGGGCUAUGGAAUCAGUAAUCUCAUGGAUGGACGAAAAAAUUACAGCCAUGCAGCUGAAACAUAGAGAAAGAGACUCUGCUGAAUAAAUAUCAGAGGAUAAUUGUUUUAAAGACUGCCCCUUUUUACACAUGAGCUUGUAUGAGUCUUGAAAAAUGUGGCUUCUCUUGUAUAUUAAUUUGAACCCCUGAAACUCAAACUGUUUGUCUCUGUGAUGUUCUUAACGUUUGGCCUUAAAGUUUUGUAUUUUGGGCAUUUUUCCCCUCUCAUCUGAAAAACAGUUAAAACUGACUAUUUCAUCUGUAUCUAACACACAUUUUGAACUUAUCAGGUUUAUUUGAAAUUAACCCUUUGUAAUCAUGUUAUUCUUUGGCAUUUACUGAAGUAGAUUUGUCAGGAAGAUCAGUAGACUCAGGGGAUGGAAAAUUAUAUGAGUUGCCCUUAUAACAUUUUUUGUAAAUUUUGCCCUUGUAGAAUUCCCUGCGAGGUACUCUGAACACAAUCAUCAGAAGCUUUUCCAUUUAUGAAGAUUAUGAGAGAAUACCACGUCUUUUAAUUGUGAGCAUAGUUGAAAUAAUAUUACAGUUAAAUUUAAAAUCUGCUUCUACUGGUUCAUUUCACUCCCGAAUGUGCAAACAGCAUCAAAAAAUUUUCUCUAUUACCCUUAUUUUAAUUUCCAGUCUUUGCAUUAGGACCUUCGUAAAUCCAUUUCUGUGUAAGACAAAGGGCUUAAAAAUUACUGUGAGUCUUCUGAUGAAGAAUUGUUGUAACUAAUGGAUCAUCAAGCUUACUUUCAAUGUUCAAUAUCAUCAACCAGACAACUAAAGCUACCACAUCUUCUUGUGUGGAGUUUGAAAGUAAUUAACUGAAGAACGCUUUAGAGUUUGUUAUGCCCAGUAUUGUCUCAUUUAUAAUUUAUGUUUUUUCUUUUUUCCUGUCAGUGUGACUGUAUUUCCUGUGAUGACAUUUGAAAACUGAUGAUAGUGAUUUUCCAGAUCAUAUUCUCAGACUACCUGUGUCUG